AUGGAUUCGAAUAUAGAUCCAGAAGUAAGUGGUAUAAAUCAGAUAUCAUCCAAUUCAAAAUUAAAUGAAUUUACAAAAGAUUCAAUAACAGAAGAUGCAUUAAACCUAAUUAAUGAAUUUAAUCAAAGUGAAAUAAUGGAAGUUGAUGAUGAUGAUGACAGUAAUUCAAAUUCAACACCUAAAUUAUAUGCAUAUAAUCCAAAUGAAAAACCACCAAGAUUAGGUCGACCACGUCGAAAUAUAAAUCAUAGUUUAUCACCACCUGAAACAUCAUCAUCUCAAAAUCAUAACUCAUCAAAAAUUUCAAAAUUUAGACUUGAUUCGAAACCAAUAGAAGGAUCGGGUUCAAGAGGUGGUAAAGGAAAUAGAAAACCGCCAAGAGGUAGAAUUACAAAUGAAUCUGUUAAACGUCAAAAACAAUCAACUUUAAACUUUGAACCCGAACAACCAGUCCCUAGACAGAAAUUGAUACUUAAAUUACCACCACAGAAACAAUUACAAUCAAGUACUCAAAAACCAAGACGAUCAGUAAAGAAAACAAAAUCAAAUGUUAAAAAAAUAAGUAAGACCACAGUCAUCUAUACUAGACCAAAACAAUCUCGUCAAUUACCUAGUUCAUUAGUUGGAUUAACUUAUGAUUUAUACGAUGAUAAUUUAAUUGAUGCUUAUUUUGAUUCAAAAAAUGAAAAAUUAGCCCUUAAUUAUCCAAUAAUUAAAAAUCCAUACGCAAGUGAUAUAAUUUACAUCAUUUCAUUUUUAUUAAAAUUUAAAGAGAUUAUACCAUUAGAGAACUGUGUUGGACCACAUAGUUUUGAAAUUGGAUUAAGUUUACCAAUUUAUGAAGAUGAGAAUCACAAUGAAUUGAAAUAUAACAAAAGGAAAGAGAAAUUAGUUAAUGGACCAGAUUAUGAUCCAAAUUAUAUUUCAAUCCAAAUGGAAGAUUUAUUCAAGAAGUUAUUAUCACUAGUUUUGAAUCGAAAGAAAGAAGUAACUUCACAUUCAAAAGCCAUUUCAGAAUUAAAAUCACAAACUGAAAUAUUGGGAUUACCGAAAGAAUGGAAAUCAUAUCAAAUUGUAAAAGACUUGAAAUAUCCAAAUAUAGAACCUGUUGACCCCCAGAAUCCUGAGAUAUUAAUGGAUGAAGUAAUCAAAAGAAACAAUCAUUACAUUACUAAAUUCAAUCCAUUUUAUGAUUCUAAUUUUGAAAUGAAUGGAUUAAAAGGAUUAAGUCCAGUUAAUAGAUUAAUAAUGUUAAGAACGUUAGUUCAAUGGUGUUUUAUCCAAUCUGAAUCAAUUAAAAAUUACAUCACCACAUUGAAUCAAAAUAUAGAUUUACCAGGUGAGAGAGACACUUUUUAUGCUUCUAGGGCAAUUAUUUAUGGUUUUAAAAAUGCAAAUGAUACAAAAUAUGAAGUUGAAAAGAAAUUAUCAAAACGUAAAUCUAAAUCAGAAGAUGAUGUGAAAUAUAUUGAUCCAACUUCAAAUCCAAAAUCACAUCCAUUAAACUUAAGAUUAAAUGAAUUAAUCGCAGGUGAUUUGGGAUUUCAUAUUGGUAGAUUUUAUCUUGUUAGAAUGUCAGAUGAAUACAAUGGUGGGUUAUCAUCAGUUAAAAAAAUGAAUAAUGUUUGGUCUGGUAAUGCUGGGUUGAAUGGACCACUACCUUCUAAUUUUAAAUUAUAUGUCCAAGAUACCCAUCAAAUGUUACUUGAGGCACUUAGUAGUGACGGUGUUGAAUUUAAUUCAAAUGGAAAAGAAAUUAAACCUAGUUAUAAAAAUACAAAUGAAUCAAAUCAUUGGUUUGAAAUUGCAUCUAAUUCAAAAGAGUUACAUGCUUUUAUAAUUUUCCUAUCUAAAAGAUUAAGUAUAAUUGAAAAUACAACAGGUUUGAAACUGAUUCCCAUGGCUUCAUUAUUAUAUAAAUCUACUUUUCAAUUAUAUGAAUAUCUCGAAAAAAUACUACCAUUGAUUCAAAAACAAGAAGAAUUAUUAGAGAAUAAAAAAUCAACAAGGAGGAAACCUAUUGAUUAUAGUGAUAGAAGAGCUGUUGAACGAUUAGGUAUGGAACCUGAUGAAAUAAUAGAAAAUAUAGAAGAAGAUGAUGAAAAUUAUGUUGAUCCCGAAUUGGUUGAUGUUGAUGAUGUAGAAGAUGAUGAAUAUGCUGAUGAAGAAGAAAUUUAUGAUGAAGAAAAUUUAUAA